AUGCAGCUGCUGCUGGCGCAGCUAGCAGAUAAGGGGGCCCUCAGGGGGGCCCCCAGCAGCGACCCAGGGUCCCCUCGGGCCCUGGGGAGCCCCCCUGAGGGGCCCUUUGUUGCUGAAGCAGAUAUCUAUGGGGACUCCCCUCUCUACCGUACCCAAAAUGGGGGGCCCCAGGAGGGGGGCCCCCCUGAGGGAUGGGCCCCCCUUGUGGGGGUUUCCCUGGGGGGCCCCCUGCCUCCUGUGUUUGGGUGCAUCUCAAGACCCCCAGGGGCCCUUUUAGGGGCCCCAGGGGGGCCCCCAAGGGAUCAAUGGCUCAGCACUUUAGCUUUAGAAGAGGGGCCCCUCUGGGAAGCAACAGAGGCAGCAGAAGCUGCUGCUGCGGGAAUGCGCGCAAGGGACUCAAAGGGGCAGCAGCAGCAGCAGCAGCAACAGAAGCAGCAGCAGCAGAGGCAGCAGCAGCAGUCGACGCAGCCGCAAAAUAAAGACCCCCGGCACCAGGGGAGGCAAAAGCAGCAAAGGAAGCAGCAGCACCAACAGCACGCCGAGCAGCAGCGGCAGCAGCAGGAGCAGCAGCAGCAGCAACAGCAACAGGAUCAUCUGUCAGCUGCUGCGCCUUGGGCGCUUCCAGAAACAGCAGGGGGCCCACAGUCAAGUUCAGGGGCCCCGUCGGCACUUUAUGCUGCUGCAGCACCCCAGCAGGAGCAGCAGCAGCUGCAGCAGCAGGGUCCACCGCAGAGGACGAAGCAGCAGCAAGCCCCACAGCAGCAGCAGCAGCAGCAGCAGCACACAGAUGACGAGUGGCAGCAGGCUAGGGGCGCCCGGGGGCCCCGCGGAGGCAGCUACUCCUCUACAGUGAGCAGCAGAUCUCAAGAAAGUCCUUAUUUAAGGGCCCCCCAAAGUUCUUUGGUGGGGCCCCGCUGCAGCCCUUUGGGGGGCCCCCCUGGGGGCCCCCCAGCAGGGGCCUUGUGGGGCCCCCCGUUGCCUCCCGCAAGAAUGGCAAGGGAAGGCCCCCAGGGGCCCCCGGCAGCAGCAGCAGCAGCAGCAGCAGCAAGGGCGGCCCCCAUGAGGGUGGCUUUGGAGGCCCUAGUGCGGGUAAGGCCCAGCAAAACGUCUUUAAAGCUGCAGAGCCUUUUGGCUGAGAGGCAGGACCCCGAGGGGGGGCCCCUGGAGGGGGGCCCCCUAAAGGGGGGCCCCCCAGAGGCGCGGGGGGCCCUUGCUGAGGGGCGGCGGGCCUGGGGGCCCCCCAAGGCGGGCGCAGCAGCAGCAGCAACCAGCAUCAGGGAGGUCAUGGAAGAGGAGCUGCAGCAGCAGCAGCACCUGCAGCAGCAGCAGAAACAGCAGCAGCAGCAGCAACAGCAGAAGCAGCAGCAGCCACGGGAGCGCGCGCCGAGGGCCUUAGUCCCUAGCUUGCGCACAGCGGGGGGGCGCGCGGGGGCCCCCAAGACCCGGGGGGGCCCCCUGCUGGACCCUAGCUGCAACAAAUGGGGCCCCCAAGCAGCAGCAAGGGUACAGG